AUGGGAGUCCAGAAGAAGACGCGCAAGUUUGCGCAAACCAAGAGGAUAGUUGGUAUGAAGAACCAAAUGGCCGGCGAGCUAGAAGCAAAGAAGAAAGAGGAAGAAAACAAGGCAAAGCGAGAAAUCCCCCAAGUCUCCUCCGCCCUCUUCUUCCAAGCCAACACCGCCCUCGGCCCCCCCUACUCCGUCCUCGUCGACACAAACUUCCUCUCGCACACCGUGCACGCCAAGCUCGAGCUCGACAAAGCGCUCAUGGACCUCUUAUACGCAAAAGCCACACCCAUAAUAACCACCUGCGUCAUGGCCGAGCUCGAGAAACUCGGUCCAAAAUACCGCAUCGCGCUGCGCAUAGCGCGCGACGAGCGCUGGCAGCGGCUCAAGUGCGAGCACAAGGGCACGUAUGCGGACGACUGUAUUGUGGAUCGCGUGCAGAAGCAUAGGAUUUAUCUGGUGGCGACGAAUGAUAGGGAUCUUAAGAGGAGGAUUAGGAAGAUUCCUGGUGUACCGAUUGUGAGUGUGGCGAAGGGGAAGUAUGUUAUUGAGAGGUUGCCGGAUGUGCCGGAUAGUCAUUAG